AUGCGGUUCGCAGUCUCAACUCCGAGUAAUUUAAGAGGUGAGGAAUCUGGUUAUCGUGUUUUUGACUAUGUAGAUGGUCGAAUAUUGGCAUGUCCUCGCGUUGGAUCUCAGAGAGCUGAAAUUGACAAUAUUAUUCAGAAAUUUUGUUACGUGAAACGCAAGUGUGUGGCUCAGGACCCUUGUGACUGUGAGAACUUAAUAAGAGAUGGAUCUGACUACAUGUUUAUUGGGAAGUCAAACGGGCUCAUCGAAGUAGUGAAAGAUUUCCAAUUUAAGGUUAACAACUGCAUAGAGUUAAUUCCAAAUUAUAUUUUGGUUUGCCAACAACCGAGAAGUCAGCUAAACUAUACUGCCGAUAUUUCGAUGGUUGGAUUGGAGUAUAAGGACGGACUUUUGUAUUGCAGUACCUGCUACGGGGAUCUCUUCAUUUUCGCAUUAAAUUUACCAAGCGACUACGAACAAAUGCAAGACAUGGGCUAUUCGCAAGUGAGAUCUGACGUGUUUGACUCUUUUGCUGGACGGGGCAAAAGCCAAUUCUAUUCCGCCGAGGAGCUUGCUUUUGUUCUUCACUCACAAUAUACUGGGCGCACCCGUCUGAAGCACAUAUGCCAUUUUUUAAUUCCUGCCCAUUCUGACGUUAUGUCUCGACUGCCUGAGCUUCGCGAGCGGAUCCCAUGCUUUCAAGAAACGAUUUAUGCUAAUUUGAAGAAAAACGUGUCUCAUUUCCAUAUUAACCCAUUGGAUAGCUUUAGCGUUCUGACUGUGGCGCCGAGGACUCCACUCUCGGUCCAUAAGAUACGAUUGCCGAAGCUUUUUGUUGACUUCUUCAUUGCCAUUUUAACACUCAAGACGCAAGUUAUGGCUUCCCGCCAAGAACAGAUAUGGAAUUUAGGUGCGGCCUGCAGAGAGAACUUUGGACAGGACUUGUUUGAAUAUUUAAAGCAAGAUUCCUUGAACCGAAUAGACUACGAAUGCGAUCCACACAUGUGGGCAUCUCUUAUCGCGAAUAAUGGCAUAGCCGAAUUGAGUGCUUUUUCCGUGUGGAGACAAAAGCAAGGACACAUGAAAGAUGAAUUGCACGAUCUUUUUAAUUCCAAGCUGCCCAAUUCCGGUGAAAAAUUACCCAUGGAACUGUUUUCUGCAUCAGACACGGAACGAUCUCUCGGCCACGGGGGUCUCACGAACCUUCACAGUCUCGGAAGCAGCUCGUUGAGGAGAGAAGUAUUUGCGCGUGCCAUCGAUGCUCCAAAAAGAGAAAAUGCCCAAGAGAAGUUUCUAAGAAGUGUACGACGAAACACGUUUCCUGUCGACUUUAAAAUUGUGGAAACCUCGAGCAAUACAAGGGUUCCCUCGGGGGAACUAAGCGACGAACAAGACGGUGACGAUAAUGUAACCUCUUUUUUCACUGACAAUUAUAAGGAUAUGGAUAUUGUGUUAUUGGACAAAUUCCUGGUUUUAGCAGCAUUCAGGCCUAAGUACAUUGACGAACCUGCGAUGAAAGUGGACUCCUUCAGAAGUUUCAAGGCAGCAGAACUCAGUACUGAUAAAGAAUCGCCUGAGGUUACAUAUACGCGGCAAAAGUUACAAAAUUUCUCAGCAUUCAAAAAGCUGUUCAUGAUAAAUGAUUCCCUUUGCCUAAUUUUUGACACGCGUGGUGUUAUUUUGCUCGAUAGAUUCAAACUCAGAAAUUGCAAAGACCUGCUAUCCAAUUGCACUUCUUCUUUGAAGUUGAUUGACUAUAAUAUUGGGCUGACAAAUGACAUAGCGCUUAUUGUCAAAGAGAUCAAGAUCUGUGAAACUUGCAGCGAUUGCUGGAACGAUCAAAGCAUAGUUUUCGAGGUUAUCGUAACAUCGGUAAAUGGGGAGAUUUCCGUCCUUGAGGGUUGGUUUUUUCAGCAUUUGCGAAUUGGGAAAAUGCAUUUAAAGGAUAAGAUUCAAAUAAACAAAAAGCACAAGUUUGUCGAUCAAAUUGUCUUACUUGAUCCUGACGAUGAUCAAGUUAGGCAGCGCAAGCGUGUUGCCCUUCAGACAUCAGAUUUUUCUAAAAAGUUUCACAAAAGUUGA